ACUUAUAAGAUGUCUAUGUGGUGAUUGGUUAGAAGGCCCGCGACGACACUGCUUUGAACCGGAAGAGAAAGCCAAGCUAGCUGUUGCUAAUGGCUAACAGACAUUGAGGAGAAGAUGUCGGACAGCGAUGGUGCAGCACAGGAGCCGGCUGGCCUGGAGGGUCUACCGCCACUUUUCAGCAUCUCCAAGGGAGAAGUGGUCUCCGUGCAGACGUAUGGAGCUUUUGUCCGCCUGCCUGGAUACAAGAAGGAAGGUUUGGUUCACGUAAGUGAAAUGUCCGCCACGCGUGUGGAGAGCGCCUCAGAGAUUGUGGAUGUGGGAGAAAAGGUGUGGAUCAAAGUGAUUGGCAGAGAGGUCCAAGGAGACAAGAUCAAGCUGUCCUUCUCCAUGAAAGCUGUCAAUCAGGGCACGGGGCGGGACUUGGACCCCAACAACGUCAUGGCAGAGCAGGACGCCAGGCGGCGAAGGCAGUUCCGAGAUCACACGGGCAACAGGAUCACGCUGGAGGCCGUACUGAACACCACCUGCACCAAGUGCGGCUGCAAAGGUCACUUCACAAAGGACUGCUACUCCGCACCGGGACUGCAAUACUCGCUGGUGCCAGAUGAGGCCGAUGGUGAGCCACAGCAACAGCAGCAGCAGCAGCAGCAGCAGCAGCAGCUUCAGGUGUCCUCAGAUGCACCCAGGAAGGACAAAGACAAGAAGAAGAAAAAGAAGGAGAAGAAGAAGAAGAGGAAGAGGGAGCGGAAGGAGACGGACAGCGACGACAGCAGCGGCGGCGGCGGCGAAUGCAAACCCAAGCGGCGAUGCCGCGAGCACACCCGCGAGCGUGAGGAGAAGCAGCAGAAGAAGAAACACAAGAAGCACAAGUCUCACAAACACAGCUGAGAGGUCAGGACUGCUUCUUUUUUUGUUUGUUUUUUUUCAUUUGCAUCAACUUAAGAUCUUUUGCUUCCCCAAAAAAACAACACACAUCCUUUAUUUGAUGUCCUGAUGUAACCUUUCAGCUCACACAAACAAUAUGGCGGUAGGUCCUGAUUUACUUUUUACACGUCUUUACUCCGCUUUCUGAAGCUUCAACCACAGGAAGUCGCUCACACAGGAAGUAGUAAAGACACAAACAGGAAGUGUAGGACACUAGUUUGCCCGCACACACUACCUCCAUGUUAACUUUUACCGCCUUUAUUCACAAAACACUUUUGAGGUCAACAAGUACAAAAAGUCUCGUUUUGGCCUUUUAUGCUUUCCAGAUGUUGGCGCUGACUCACAAAAUGUGAUUCUCUGGCUCUUUUUUUCAUCCCCAGUGGGGGGGAGAAAAGAACAUUUUUCAACAGAUUUAGCAAUAAUUCAACUAAACACAGGAGGAAUUUAUCAGUUAGCAACCUUAGCUCGUUAGCAUGUGUGUUUAUUUGAAUGUCCAUGAAAGUUGUGUCAUGGAGCGAACAUUUGCAUGAUUUAAACUCAUUUAUGUGCACGUGUUUUUCUCAUUACGUGUACAAUAUACCCUGCUCAUCUCCUUCACAAUAAAAUGACUUCCCUCCAA